CGACCUCCUUAAUUUCUCCUUCGUUGUUUGUUCUUUCUCUGCAGUUCCUCAUGUUCUUUUCCACAAAAAUUUAAAAUAUAUAUAUAUAUCCAGGGUUAUAAGCAUAGUUGUAACGCGUUAUAAUUGACUGCUAAAUAUGCUACUUUGUAAGUUAAAACCUUUAUCCUUCACCCAUAGUAUUAAACUUCUCGAGAUUUCCCUUAUCACUUCUCGAGAUUCCCUUAUCUCCUUAUUUUCUGUAAAAUCAGCACUUUUUGUAACCCCACAUGUAUAUCCUGCCUAUUGUUUUUAAUUGUUUGGAAUCGGAGUUUCUUUUUUCGUCGAUUUUCCCCUCCUACUAAACUUUUGUCCCUGCUUCCUUCUGCUGCUCUUAACGGUUGUUACUUUUUUCUUUCCUUGGCUCUGGAGGUUGCUACUUGUUUUGUCAUGUUUUAUGCCUGGUUGGAUUUUUAUUGUUACUUAUCCGGGGUCUUGUUAGGUCUUGAUAAUUGAGCAGAAAACACACAUGUUUCUGUGAUCAUGUCAGUCCGUGAUUCCAUGCUUCUUAUUUUUAGUAUCAUUUUUAUAUCUAGACAAUUUUUUUUUUUUUUUUCAAUUUAUCGGCUUUCUUUUCAUCGCAAAAGUUUAAAAAUUUGAGCUUAAAUCCGCAAAUUCUAUAUCACCACUCCUUAAUUCAUCUUCUGCGAUGAUUCAUUCAUAUGUUGCUUAGACAUACUUUCAGAUAAAGGUGAUAAUUUGGGUAGGGAUUUGUGAUUAAAAAGGGUGCUCUGUACCAUGGCUAUGUUGUGGCUUCUCGUACUGAUAGUUUUCUACCAUGGGACCUCCUCAAAUGGGGUUGUUACUAAUGUUUCUAACAGACCGGAUGUUGUAAAUGUUGGGGCUAUUCUCUCUCACCUCUCUAUUAUUGGCAAGGUUGCGAAAGUAGCCAUAGAAGCUGCAGUUGAAGAUGUGAACUCUGACCCAGAUGUUCUUGCUGGAACCAAGAUAAAUCUUACGAUGCAGGACUCCAACUACAGCGGAUUUCUGGGCAUUGUUGAGGCCUUACAAUUCAUGGAGAAAGACACUGUGGCCAUAAUUGGCCCUCAACUCUCUGUAACAGCUCACGUAAUAUCUCAUAUUGCUAAUGAGCUUCAAGUCCCUCUAUUAUCAUAUUCAGCGACAGACCCCACCCUGUCUCCACUUCAGUUCCCUUUCUUUGUUAGAACUGCCCAGAGUGACCUUUUUCAGAUGGCUGCGAUAGCAGAAAUUGUGGACUACUAUGGAUGGAAAGAGGUUAUUGCAGUCUACGUUGACGAUGACCAUGGCAGAAAUGGAAUUGCUGCAUUGGGGGAUAAGCUUGCCGAGAGACGUUGUAAGAUCUCAUUCAAGGCACCUAUGCCUGCUGAAGUGAACCGGGAUCAAAUAACUGAUGUACUGGUUAAAGUUGCUUUAAGUGAGUCUAGGAUUAUUGUUCUUCACACUUAUGCCGGUUCUGGUCCAGAUGUUAUCAAGGUUGCAGAGUCUCUUGGGAUGAUGGGAGUUGGGUAUGUGUGGAUAGCUACUAACUGGCUCUCUACUAACCUGGAUACAGAUCCUCAGCUCACCUCAGAUGCAACGGAAAACUUUGAAGGAAUUAUUACUUUGCGUAUGUACACACCAGAUUCAGAACUCAAAAGAAAAUUCGUUUCUAGGUGGAGUAACUUGUCUAGUGGAAAGAGUAUCAAUGGCGCUUUUGGACUAAGUACCUAUGGACUAUAUGCCUAUGACACUGUUUGGCUUCUCGCUCAUGCAAUUGAUGCAUUUUUCAAUCAGGGGGGAAUCAUCUCAUUCUCAAAUGAUUCAAGGUUAACUGAGCUAAAAGGAGGAAGCAUGAAUCUUGAUGCUUUGAGCAUCUUUAAUGGAGGGAACCUAUUGCUUAAGAACAUCUUACAGGUCAAUAUGACCGGUGUAACAGGAUCCAUUAAUUUUACAUCAGAUAGGAACUUCAUUCAUCCUGCAUUUGAAGUAAUCAAUGUCAUUGGCGUAGGAUAUAGGAGGAUUGGGUAUUGGUCUAACUAUUCUGGGCUAUCUGUCCUGCCUCCGGAAAUACUUUACACGAAACCACCCAAUCGUUCCAGUGCAAACCAACGACUAAACAGCGUGAUUUGGCCUGGACAAACAACAGAUCGGCCUCGUGGGUGGGCUUUCCCAAACAAUGGAAGGCAAUUGAGAAUUGGAGUGCCUAAAAGAGUUAGUUAUCUUGAAAUUGUCUCACAAGUAGAAGGCACUGACACAUUCAAGGGGUACUGCAUUGAUGUAUUUACUGCCGCAGUGAACUUGUUGCCAUAUGCAGUCCCAUAUAAAUUAGUCCCAUUUGGUGAUGGUCGUAAUAACCCAAGUGACACUGAACUUGUGCGUUUGAUCACAACGGGUGUGUAUGAUGCAGCAAUAGGUGACAUCGCAAUCAUCACUAACCGGACCAGAAUGGUGGAUUUUACACAACCAUACAUUGAAUCUGGGCUAGUAGUAGUGGCCCCUGUUAGGAAAUCAAACUCUAGUGCAUGGGCAUUUUUAAGGCCAUUUACUCCAGGAUUGUGGUGCGUUACAGCUAUAUUUUUCCUCAUUGUUGGAGUAGUAGUUUGGAUUUUGGAGCAUAGAAUCAAUGAUGAUUUCCGGGGUCCCCCUAAAAAACAAGUCGUCACUGUUCUAUGGUUUAGCCUUUCAACUUUGUUUUUUGCCCAUAAGCAAAAUACGAUCAGCACCCUUGGCCGCCUGGUGCUAAUUAUAUGGCUAUUUGUGGUUCUUAUAAUCAACUCGAGCUAUACUGCAAGUUUGACCUCAAUCCUUACAGUGCAGCAACUUUCUUCUCCCGUCAAAGGGAUUGAAACUCUAAUUAGCAGCAAUGAUCCGAUUGGCCACCAGCAAGGUUCAUUUGCACGAGACUACUUAGUGGAGGAACUUGGCAUCCGCGAGUCCAGACUCAUUCCUCUUAACUCUCCUGAAGAGUAUGCUAGAGCCUUAAAAGACGGUCCCCAUGGGGGAGGUGUUGCUGCAGUUGUAGAUGAGCGUGCAUACGUAGACCUCUUCCUCUCAACUCGAUGUGAAUUCAGCAUCAUUGGUCAACAGUUCACUAAAGCCGGGUGGGGAUUUGCAUUCCCACGGGACUCACCUUUAGCAGUUGACAUGUCAACUGCGAUUUUAAGAUUGUCUGAGAGCGGAGACCUCCAGAGAAUGCAUGACAAAUGGCUUACGAGGAGUGCAUGCACACAACAAGGCACAAAGCUUGAAGUGGAUCGUCUUCAGCUCAAGAGCUUUUGGGGUCUUUUUGUGACAUGUGGGUUUGCUUGCUUGCUCGCUCUCUGUAUAUACUUAAUUCUGAUGUUGCGCCAGUUCAGCAGGCACUCAGAGGAACUCGAGCCUUCUGGUAGAAGCUCGGGAUCUGGACGUGUUCAGACAUUUCUUACAUUUAUAGACGAAAAGGAAGAGGAUGUCAAAAGUAGCUCUAAGAGAAGGCACAUGGAGAAGGCCUCAAUUAGGAGUACAGGUGAAGAUGAAUCAAGCCACAGUUACAGUUCCAAGAGGAGACAUAUGGAAGCAAAUUCCAUUAAGAGUCUUGAUAUUAGUAACGAAGUCUAAAUACAUCAUCUACAGCUUGGACCUACUUUAACCUCAUAAACUUUCUUAUACGUACACAUAAUACAUUUAUACUUCCGCUCCAGAGAGGAGCAUAUCACAUAGUCCACAUUCAUGAUAGAAUCUCCUUGUUCUUGGACCCAGCCCAGAUUGUUGUAAACUCAUUAGCCGUCUAUUCCUCCAUAAAUCACCAAUUUUGGAUUCAGAAUGAAUUAACUUUGAUUAAUACAGAACAUGAAACAUUUAUUUC